CCUGUGCGCAUGUGCGAAGGUGUCCAAACUGACAAUGCUCGUGAGAUGAAGAUAGCGCUGCUUCUGCUUCUGAGCUCAAGGAGGACGCGAGGAAUCUACAAGCCGACAAGAUGAGAUCCAAGGCGAGGGCGAGAAAACUGGCCAAAAAUGAAAGUGAGGCAGUAGACAGCAUGUACAACACAGAGCCCAAUCUCUUGACUGGCGAGAGCGCAGAAGAGGAGACAGAAGACAGCAUCAUGUCCCCCAUUGCGGUGGGCCCCUCGUCCCCUCAGCCCUGCAAUGAGGACUUCACUCCUAAAGAAGGCUCACCCUAUGAGGUACCCGUCUACAUUCCCGAAGAUAUUCCCAUCCCUGGUGACCUGGAGCUCCGUGAGUCGUCUGUUCCAGGGGCUGGCCUAGGAAUCUGGGCCAAAGUCAAAAUUUGCAUUGGAGAAUGCUUCGGACCGUACAACGGACUGCAGAGCGCCACGGUGAAAGAGACCACUUAUGGAUGGGAGCAAAUGCUGAAUGAUCAUGAAACGUCGUCUCAAGACAGCUGUAUUAAAAAGGUCAUGGACAACAUGGGUAAUGUGAAGUUCUGUCUGGACGGGGGUCUGGAGGCCGGCGGGAGCUGGCUCAAAUAUGUGCGCACCGCCCCGGCCCAUGAUGAGCACAACCUGGCCAUAUGCCACAUCAGCGAAGAUCAGAUCUAUUAUAAAGCUAUUCGAGAUAUUGAAAUAGGGGAGGAGUUACUGGUGUACAUGAAGGACGGAGUUUUCCCCGAGGGCUCGAUGGCACCGAACCUGGAAGAUGAGGUGAUGUACCGCUGUGAACACUGUGAUGAGCUCUUCACAUCAAAGCUGGAGUUACGGCGGCAUCAGAAAUACUCCUGCAGUAGCAGCAGCUCUAUCUUUGACUCGCUGAGCGAAGACUUCAAACAGGAGCAGGAGGACAGCGACGAGCCGGUGCACGAGUGCAAAGACUGUGAAAAGAUCUUCCCUAGCGAGUACAGUCUCGGGCAGCACAUGAUCGUACACACAGAUGAGAGAGAGUACAAGUGUGACCAGUGCCCCAAAGCUUUCAACUGGAAAUCCAACCUCAUUCGCCAUCAGAUGUCACAUGACAGUGGCAAGCGCUUUGAGUGUGAAAACUGUGAUAAGGUGUUCACAGACCCCAGCAACCUCCAGCGCCACAUCCGCUCUCAGCACGUCGGUGCCCGAGCCCACACCUGCCCUGAGUGUGGCAAGACCUUUGCCACCUCCUCGGGCCUCAAGCAGCACAAGCACAUACACAGCAGUGUCAAGCCUUUCAUCUGUAAGUCUGAGCAGUCUUGUCUAAGCCUCAGAUACAAUUACCAGUGUCCAAAGACCUCCCGGCUAGCUCCACCCCAAGAUUGUGACAGCUGUUGUUUUAUAGGUGAGGUGUGUCACAAAUCGUAUACCCAGUUCUCUAACCUGUGCCGUCACAAACGGAUGCAUGCAGACUGCCGCUCCCAGAUCAAGUGUAAAGACUGUGGACAAAUGUUCAGCACUACCUCUUCCCUCAACAAGCAUCGGCGCUUUUGCGAGGGCAAAAACCAUUAUAAUCCUGGAGGCAUAUUCACACCAGGCAUACCAAUGACAUCAAGUCCCAUUUUAGGCAAGUCCAAGUCUCAUCAUGGCUUGAACCAUAGUGGACUUGGUUUCGGUGAUUACUUCCCAUCCAGGCCGCAUCAUGCAGGUUUGCCCUUUUCUCCAGCACCCCCUGGAUUCCCAGCCCUUUCCCAUGGCUUCCCAGGGAUCUUUCCCCCAUCGCUAUAUCCUAGACCGCCAUUGUUACCUCCUAGUCCACUGCUCAAGAGCCCAAUUAGUAACAGUCAAGAUGGAAAGCUGCCUUCUCUUGAUGCUCCUACUCUUUCUGAGGUCAUGAACAACAGCAAUGGCAAUGUAGGGAGCGGUCUCAGCAGCCAGUCAGAGGACAAUCGAGAGUCCAAACUGGAUUUGUCGUUCCACAACAACAAGAAUAAAGUGAAGAUAAAUGACAUGUCUGAUGGUAGUGACUUGGAAGAUGUGAACACAUCGAGCGGCACAGAUCUAGACACCACCACUGGCACAGUGUCUGGCUCAGAUCUAGAAAGUGAGGCAGAGAGUGAACGGGAGAAGAGUAGGGGGAAACCAGUGCAGGAGAGCAAGCAGGACGAAGUGAGCAGCAGUUUAGUAGCUGUCUCCAGUUCAGGUAACCUCCCUUGCGAGCGUCCGUUCCUCUCCUCCCAGCACUCCUUUUUCCCGCCACCAGAAGAGCAAGCACUUCCACCCUCCGGAGCCACCACUGACUCCAUUAAAGCCAUUGCCUCAAUUGCAGAAAAGUAUUUUGGCCCAGGCUUAAUGGGCUUGCAGGAGAAGAAGAUGGGCAACUUAAACUACCAUUCCAUGUUCCCUUUCCAGUUUCUGCCCAACUUCCCACAUUCCUUUUACCCAUUCACAGACAGAGCACUCAAUCCUGGCAUGUUCUUCAAACCUGAGCCUAAAUCCCCUCGUGAGCACAUACAGAAAUUACCUACAGCCACUGGUGCGGAUUCACCCUUUGACCUAACCACCAAACCCAAGGAGGUCAAACCUCUUCCUCCACCCCCCAGCAAGCCAGCCUUGCCAUCUAAUACCCCCUUGGCCCCUGGCGAGGAACAACCUCUGGACCUCAGCAUAGGCAGUCGAAGCCGAGCCAACCAGAAUGGCGGCACACACAAUCAGCGCAAGAAUCACGCCUAUGGUGCAAACUGCAAAGCAGCUAAAGAUGAACACCUAGCACUAACUCAGUCCCAGAACUUGCACCCGCCCCAGAUGCUUCAGCCGCAAGUAUCCCUUCCACAGCCACCUCCUCCCCAGCAGCAGCCGUCGCUCCACUACGCCAAGCCCUCGCCAUUCUUCAUGGACCCAAUCUACAGCAGGGUGGAGAAGAGGAAGCUAAUAGACCCAGUAGGAGCUCUAAAGGAGAAGUACUUGAGGCAGGCACCACUACUUUUCCAUCCUCAGGUGUCUGCGAUGGAAAACAUGACUGAGAAGUUGGAAAGCUUUAGCGCUCUGAAACUGGAUGCUCCCAAUUCCCUCCAGCACUCCUCACACCACCUUUUUAACUUCCGCUCUCCGCCUCCCUCUCUCUCUGAUGCUAUCUUACGCAAAGGCAAGGAGCGAUACACCUGCAGGUACUGUGGGAAAAUCUUUCCUAGGUCAGCUAAUCUUACAAGGCACUUACGAACACACACAGGAGAACAACCCUACAGAUGUAAAUACUGUGACCGUUCGUUCAGCAUCUCCUCCAACCUCCAGCGACAUGUUCGUAACAUUCACAACAAGGAAAAGCCUUUCAAGUGCCACCUUUGCAAUCGCUGCUUCGGUCAACAGACCAAUCUGGACCGCCACUUAAAGAAACAUGAGCACGAGAAUAUUCCAGUGAGUCAGCAGUCUGGGAUCCUCUCAAAUUUAGGAACAAAUAUUUCCUCACCAAACUCUGAGUCUGACAAUCAUGCACUUUUGGAUGAGAAGGAGGACUCGUAUUUCUCAGAGAUUAGGAACUUCAUCUCCAACAGUGAGCUGAACCAGGCCUGUAGCUCCUCGGAGAAAAGGCCGGAGCUGACGCGGGAGGAUCAGCCCCAGAGUCACACCUCAAAACUGGCGGAGGAAGAUGAGGAGAUGGAGGGAGACGAUGAGGAUGAGGAAGGCUCGUUGACAGAAAAGUCCCAGGACGAGACGGGCUCUCCUGUCACUGUGGUGCAGGGCACUUAUGAGGAGGAUGAGGAGCCGACCCCUCUCCCUAUGUCUUACCAACACACGCGCAGGUGUAUUGAGGAGGAUGCAGGCCUAUUAGAUCUGGAACCUCUGGCUGGUUUCCCCAAAGGCCUGGAGUUCCCUAAGCCUGGCGAGGAGCCCUAUGACAUUAAAGACAUUUUUAGCACCUCGGUAGAGUCGGAGGCACUGAAAGAAACACUUUUCAGGCAGGCUAAAACCCAGGCUUAUGCAAUGAUGCUCUCUCUGUCUGAGAACACCAAUCUGCAUUCAUCCUCCCAGAACUCCUUGGAUGCCUGGCUCAACAUGGGAGGAGGGCCGUCGGAGACGAGCUCCUUUCACCCCCUCAACAACAUCUGAGUACACCAACAAGACAAAAGAGAGAUGGAGGGAGAAAGGAGGAGAGGGCAAGAGACCAACACGAAGAUGCAUCAAAAAGAGCUUGUGAAGACCAGCAAUGCCACAGUAGAUGAACCACCACUAAGCGCGUGAGGAGGAAAACGGACACAAACGGGAGAGUUUUAUUACACAUCAUUAAAACACGAGUGAACUCACCGAAUCCCAACCAUACAGCAUCUUUCCUGUCUGCAACUAGCCACUAUGGUGAUGUUCUCUCCUCAUCAGCUGAUUCAAGAGGGAGCCAUGCAUUCGAAUGACUCUGAAAUCACCUCUCCACCUCAUUUCCAAUGAUAUGCAUUUCAUAGAGACUGCUCUCUAGUCAAGGGUCUUCUUUGAGAAGCCCAAAAAGGCUUGAGUGGACAGUAGUUGAAUGUUUCUUCAACUGGAGAUUUGAGCCGUUUUUACUCAGCAUUCCAUUCUCAUGUUGAUUUUCCACAGCACUGUACCAAGGUUUCCUUUCUAUUAACUCGUAGCCGAAGUCUUACAGUAGAUCAUUAUAGUAGACAUCAACAUUGAUUUUCAAAGGCAUAAGAAGCAUUUAAGUCUACCCCACAACUAGCAUGCUAACUUCCCCCAAGGCUGAAUACAGUUUGUAAGUCACGGUCUCAAAAAGUAAAUGCUGGAAGUCACUGGGAAACCUCUGAGACAUGUGUUGGGCUACGUGAUUUUGUCUCGUCCCCAGCCGGAUCUUCAUACGAUAAAUCACUCAGCAUGGUUGCUUAUGUGUAUAGCAUCAUGGUCAUUGUAAUUAUAGUUGUUAUAGUAAGUGUUUUUAGCUGUACACAACCUUUAGUCCCAACUGAAAGUUUGUUUAAGUUAAAUUAUUAUCCAGUGGGGCAAUUGGAAAUAUUUUCUUUUUCUUGCAUUCAGUAAUAUUUGAUUUUAUUUUUUUCUAUGUGAUUUGUUCUUCAGUAAACAGUAUUGUUUCUUUUUUUAGCACAUCUGUGCUUAAAUGUUGAUAUAAUUAUUUUGUGAAGGACCAAAUUUGUACAAUAUUGUUGUAUGAUGGACAGACUGAGUUAACUGUUGGUAGCAGUGAGUGUUGUGUGCCAAAACCCUCUUUUAUUUGACAAUCAUUUCUUUACCAAGUGGUCGCCUCUACUUUUUCCCUCUCUGUUGUUGCUAUUUACAUUGAUGAGUGUUUGUCUUUUAUUUAUUACGUUUUUUUUUUUUUAUUAUUAUUUUUUUUUGAUUAAUGAAGAAUAAUGAAGAAAAAAAUAAUUUACCCACUUAUUUGAAGGGAUGAAAUUACUGUAAUAUCAUGGAAAUUGAGAACUGUUCAAGCUCUUCAUUUUAUGGAAGCCCGUUUCCGCCACUGAAUAAAAAUAAAAUGGUUAUUGUGACUUUUUAUCUCACAAUUAAGACUUUUUUUUCCACAGAAUUAUGAGAUAUAAACUUGCAAUUACAAGUUAUAAAUUCAAAAUUGCAAGCUUAUAACUCGCAGUUCUGACUUUUUUCUCAUAAUUCUGACUUUAUUUCUCAGAAUUGCAAGUUUAUAACUCACAAUUAUGGCUUUUUAACUCACAGUUGUGAGUUUAUAUCAUGCAAUUAUGAGAAAAAAAAGUCAGAAUUGUCAGAUAGAAAGUCGCAGUUACCUUUUUUAUUUUUUAUUCAUUGGCAGAAAUUGCCUUCCAUAUAGUAGAGAUGCAAGUUGCCAAAAUCUGAAUUACAGAGUGUUUCUGUUAUGAGCACAUAAUCAUGAAGUCUGGUUUAAGAUGCAUCUGUUCAACCAUUUAGAAAAGUUGGCACUGUUUGAUUUAAGAAAAAAAAUAUAUAUUUUUGACUAAAAUAUCAGGAAACUUAAUAGAGGGGCAUUACAUGUUGAUAUUUUUACACAUUUUAUAGCUCAGAGUCAAACAUGAAGAAAAUGGAUCAACGGUAUAUCGCAUGUUUUCAAGAUCCCAUUUGCUAGUCCUAAAUAUCAUAUCAAAUUCUAUAUAAUUCAAACAUUAAAUAUCAUUUAACGUUCACAAGAGCGUUGAGGUUUCUGAGAGAUGCCCAAAUCCAUGAAAACACAUGCGAGUCCUCAUCCAACUACUUAACUGUGAAGCCAGCGAAUGAAUCGUAAAGAGCUGAAUGCAUAUCAUGAAUGUGUAGAGUAGAUUUAAUAUGUAGGUUAUGAGUCAGACUUCCUCAGAAAGUUACCUUCUCUGGAUUGAAUGUCUUUUUAGUCAGGAAUUCAUACUCUCCUCGCUUCUUUUUGGAUGUUUAAAGACUCUCUGGAAUCUGCACUUAAAUCAAACGCACCCGUCUGCCUAGUUCAUACUUUACAUCUGAGCUCUUUCUUAGUUCUGAUUUGAAUGAAUUUUUCUAAGCAAGGCUGGUUUUAACAAGCACUUUAACUCUUGGAUCAAACAGGCAUUUUUAUCAGAUGCUUUUAAAUACAAAACCAAGAACAUCUAGAAGAACUUGCUGGUUUUGAACUUGGAUUAUUCCGUUUUCGCCGCGAACACAAACCAAAAAAGAUGGACUUGACUGGCCUUUCACGGGGAAUCAAUCUGCUUGAUAUCUCUGUGUAAAAACAUGCAGCAGUGUCUUAUUUCAAUACACUACCAGGUGGCGCACUGUGUAAUCUUACCUAUUUCAUACUGUCUUUCCUUACUAUAUCAUUUACUCAAACAAGUGAGUAAAAAAGCCCAUUAGGAUUGCUGGGGAUGUAAUGGAAUUAAGAGUAUGGAGAAGUCAUGUCACAUACUACUGUACUUAACAAGCGCUGUAGGUGAAGAAAUUGACCCACACUGUUAAAAUCAUCUUGGACAAAUGGUCAAAAAAUGAACAAAUCAUGAUGUCUUUGGCCCAAUGUUACAUUGCAAACAAACGUAUCAUUUCAAAAACCAUUGAUAAUGUGGUUUCUCUAAAAAAAAGUGUAUAGUAUUUCCAAAAAAUUAAAAUGACAUUGAAAUAAUUUUGAACUUGGGUUUGAAAAUAGAUGGUGCUUGUUUCAUUUGGAUAUAAGUUGUAUAUUGCUUCUGUUAUGUUUAUAAAAAAUAUUGUGCAUGACUUGUGUUUUAGAGGUCAUAAUGGUGUCCAUUUGUGAAAUGUGUAUCUUAAAUUAAAAAGAAAAAAAAAAAAAAUUGUAGAUGCACUUAUUGUACAUGUGGUUAGGUUAGUAGGUUUGACUUUAAGUCCUGUCACUGCCUUAAAUACUAUGGGCAGAUGGUUAUUGAACUGAACAAUAUGCUUGUGGGAGAGAAAUAAUGACAAAAUGUAAGGAUUGUAGACUAUUACUGAAAAUUCUGAAGUUCUUUUUGAUGCUUGUGAUUACUGAAUAUGUACUUUAGAGCAAUGUCAUGGAAAAUACAUGAUUCUGAUGUUAAUUCUGUAGAAUAGAUGUGUAUACCAAAUGUAAUCUUUCCAAUGCUAUGAAGAAUUUAUACAUGAAAUUGAUAUGCAAUAAAAACCUGUGUGCUUUUUA